UGUUCAGGUUCAGGCUUUGAUGCUGAAUAUAAGCUGCAGUGUUUCUGUAUCAAUCUGCUUUAAGUUUAGUGUGACUUUAUCUCCACACUGACUUAUGACUGACACGAGUCUGUCCUCAGUGAAGUGUCUCUUCACGCUGGAGGAGGAGUCCCGCUCAUCAGCGCUGACACUUUAUUGAUAUAUAUGGAGAAAAUAAAAAUGCUGCUUUCUGAUUUGUCACUGAUUGUGUUUGAUGAUUUCCUCUGUUGUGUCUAAUAAGGUAACAGUGAGUGUCAUUGGCAGCUGUGAGUCUCUCUCUCUCUUUAGGGGGCUGACAGGAGCCAGUUUCUUCAGUGUGUUUGAGGGAGCAGACGAGAAACUUGUGCUGACAGAGUCAAACAGACGGUGUAACGAACAGAAGAAGAUGGAGGGAUGUCUGACAUUCAUUUUACUCUCCUCUAUGAUCAUUAUAACCACAUCUGACUUCAAAACUGUUAGGUUGGUCAGUGACAACAGUCUCUGUGCUGGUCGAGUAGAGGUUCAUCAUGAUGGUCAGUGGGGGACAGUGUGUGAUGAUGAGUGGGAUAUGACUGAUGCUGCAGUGGUGUGUAGAGAACUGGACUGUGGGGAGGCUGUAGAGGCUCUGGGUGAUGAUAAGGCUCAUUUCGGAGAAGGAUCAGGACCAAUCUGGAUGGAUGAUGUGGACUGUAGUGGAUCAGAGUCAACAUUGAAGAACUGUACAUCAGGAGGAUGGGGUGUUAAUAACUGUGGUCAUGGUGAAGAUGCUGGAGUCAGAUGCUCUGAAGUCAGGCUGGUUGGAGGUUCUCACUGCUCUGGGAGGUUAGAGAUCCGUCAUAAUCAAACGUGGGUGUCAGUGUGUGACGCUGCCUUUGACCAGCAGGAUGCAGAGGUUGUGUGUAGAGAGCUGGACUGUGGGGCUCCUGUACAGGUGCUGGGAGCAGCUACUUUUGACAAAGAAGACAAUCAGAUGUGGACACAAGAGAUUCAGUGCAGAGGAAAUGAAUCAUUCAUUCGAUUGUGUCCAACUUCACAUGACAUACAGUGCUCUCAAGAAAACAGUGUGGGACUGAUAUGUUCUGAGACUGUUAGGUUGGUUGGUGGUAACAGUCCCUCUGCUGGUCGAGUGGAGGUUCAUCAUAGAGGUCAGUGGGGAACAGUGUGUGGUUAUAACUGGGAUAUGACUGAUGCUGCAGUGGUGUGUAGAGAACUGGGAUGUGGAGAGGCUUUACAAGCACCACAAUAUGGUCAAUUUGGACCAGGAUCAGGACCAAUCUGGAUGGAUAAUGUAGCCUGUAGUGGAUCAGAGUCAACACUGAAGGACUGUAGAUCAAGAGGAUGGGGUAAACAUUACUGUGCUCAUUCUCUAGAUGCUGGAGUCAGAUGCUCAGAUCACAAACAGUCUAGGCUUGUUGACGGGUCUCACCUCUGCUCUGGGAGAUUAGAGUUGAUUCAUGGGAACACAUGGCACACAGUGUGUGACGCUGCCUUUGACCAGCAGGAUGCAGAGGUUGUGUGUAGAGAGCUGGACUGUGGGGCUCCUGUACAGGUGCUGGGAGCAGCUGCUUUUGGCAAAGGAGACGCUCAGAUGUGGACACAAGAGAUUCAGUGCAGAGGAAAUGAAUCUUUUAUAUCUUUCUGUCCAACAUCAUCAUCUCUCAAAUACAACUGUACCCAUGAGAAUGACAUUGGACUGUUAUGUUCUGGUUACACUGAUCUCAGACUGGUAAAUGGUUCAGACUCUUGUUCUGGAAGAGUGGAGCUUCGAUUCAUCAAUGAGUGGGGCACAGUGUGUGAUGCAUGCUGGGAUAUGAGAGCUGCCAGUGUCCUCUGUAGACAGCUGAAUUGUGGGAUUGCUGUGUCUGUUGUGGGAUCAGACUGGUUUGGAGAGGGAAGUGGUGAAAUCUGGGCUGAUGUGUUUGAUUGUGACGGGAAUGAAACAAAACUCUCAGAAUGUUCCAUCUCUUCAUGGAGUCGAGCUGAAUGUUCUCAUAGACGAGAUGUUGGAGUCAUCUGCUCUGAAACUGAACAGCACAUCAGUCUGGAGAGAGCUGUCUAG